AUGAGGCUCCUUCAGGUGCCUACUUGCCUCGCCAUUAUCGCAGCACCUUACUGGAUUCUGUGCAAGCAGACUUCUCUAUCGGAAAAUGUGAACACUGGGUGGAUAAUGAUGCGAUCAUUAGGUUACUACAUUAUGGCCAACGCUGUGAAGGUGUUUGUGUUGGCUACAGGUAUCCCGGAACUGAUCGGUAAAUACAUUUUAAAUGAGGACAUUGUCAUGGCUGUGCUCAACUCUGCCCUGUAUCUUGGAUUACUGCUGCCUCUUAAGGGAAAAGUAAAUGCCAACACAAAUGUCAGCGAUAUUAUUUUGGCUAUCGGACUAGGGUGGUCUCUUCCUAAGAAUAUUGGUCAGAGUCUGUUUCAUGUUGUAUCUACCCUGCGGCAUCCUGACGAUACAAACUUGUUGUUGUAUGAAGCGCUACAAACAAACUUGCAUGUCCUGGUAUCAAUCGAGUAUACUGCAUUACUGUUCCUCUGGCGGCGCGAGAGAUCAAUAAAGAUGGUAUAUGCUGUGAUGAUCUUCAUAUUAAUGUUAAUCUGUCCGGUCAUGUCAACAUUCAACACGAUUGUCGAAAAUGACGUCGAAUUGAAGAACUUUGCCUUCUUGGCGAUACAAGCUAUUUUAGCUUUAUUUUGGGGAAUGUUGGCCAACGGCUCUGAGGAUAUCGAAUUCGUUACUGUAGUAGACGUAUUACGUCGUGCAGGUGUGACUGUAACGGUGGCCUCAGUACACAGCCAUAAGGAUGUGGUAAUGGCCCAUGGAACAAAGAUUGUCUCUGAUGUUGUGAUAGAUGAAGUUUCUAGCGAGACUUUCGACUUGAUCGUUGUUCCUGGCGGUCUUCCAGGAUCCAACUCAUGUGCAGAAUGCGCUACCUUAAUCAAAAUGCUAAACGAGCAGAAGGAUGGUAACCGUUACUAUGCUGCCAUCUGUGCAGCUCCUGCCGUGGUAUUUGCUGCUGGUGGUAUCCUUGAUAAGGAAACUGCUGCUGUGGCUUACCCAGGUUUUGAAGAUGCCCUUCCUAAGGUUGGAUCAGGCCGCGUUUGUGUUUCUGGGAAGUGUGUCACAUCCAAGGCACCCGGUACUGCCAUGGAAUUUGCUUUGAAAUUGGUUGAGUUGCUCUGUGGUCCACAGAAGAAGGAGCAGCUCAAGGUAGGGAUGUUAGUCCAUGCUGAAAUCUGA